AUGGCAAAAAACAACAUAGAUGAAUUGAAUUUACUUCGUUCAAUACUUCGUUCAGAUGAUCAUCUUCAAAUUCGACCAUCAGGAGAUUUCAAUAAAAUUUGUUUAAAACUUGACUAUAAUAUUUGUAUAAGUUUUUUUCAUGAUUCACUUAAUUCAUUAACAAUUAAUAAUAUCAAUGAUUUACAUAUAUCGAAAUUGACAAAUAAAAAUUCAGUUACAAAUGAACAAUGGAUAAAUAUUCAAGAUUAUUUUAAUAAACUUAUUCAAGAAUCAAGUGCUAAUACGUCUCUUUAUUCAAUUAUUCAAUUAAUACAAGAAUAUAUUUUACAAAUUUCAAAGGAAAAUUUUAAAUCUAAUAAACAAAAUUUCAUAUCAACAAUAUCUAGAUUUAAAGAAGAUGCAUCAACACAAAUAGAAAAAUUUCGUAGUGCUGAUCUUAUAUUUAAUCGAAUAGCACAUGAUACAACAAUUGAUCGUUUACAAGUUCUUAUUGGUUAUGAAGAUCGUUUUACAGGUAUUCAUGAAAUAAAAUUUAAUGAAUUUAAAAAAAUUCAUGAAGAUGACUAUGGUAUUCCUAUGCAUCGUAUUCGAUAUUAUAAAAUUAAUGGAUCUAUUGUUUGGGAUAGAACUAAGAAAUUUGAUAUUUUAACUGGAAGUGAAAUACAUCAUGAAACUACUGUUUGUACUGAACAAGAAUCAAAUCUAGUUGAAGGACUGUAUCGUUAUGAUCAAUCAAUUCAACAAUGGAUUUCAUGUUCAUAUAUAUCUCUAGCUUCAGAUAAUUUAAAAACUCCGUCCAUAGAUAAUGUGUUUAUUCCAGAACGAUGUCAAUUUUUAACAUGGAAUAUUCUUUUUGAUUAUUAUCAAUCAGAAUUUAUUUAUACGAAUCAACGAUAUGAAGAAAUAUUAAAAACACUUAAAUCAUUUUUACCAGAUAUAAUUUGUUUACAAGAAGUAACAAUCAAAUUUCUUAAUCUUUUAUUAGAUGAAACUUGGUUAAAAGAAAAUAAUUAUUAUAUUAUUAUUAUGGGAAAUAUUCUUGAGAAUAAUCAAAAUCAACCUUAUGGACAAUUAAUGUUAAUGAAAAAUUUUCGACCUCGUGCAUUUUCAAUAUGUCCACUUGAUAUAUCUGAAAAUGUAACAAAUACAAGAAAAAAACGAACUAAACAAUAUAUUAUUGCACGAUUUGCAUUGAAUUUAGACGUAACUAUCGAUGUUAUUAAUCUUCAUUUACAUAGUAAUCAUACAUUGAAUGCAAAUGAAAAACGUUGUCAAUCAUUAGAGUAUUUUUUUAAAACAAUGAAUACACAAAAUUAUAUGCUUAUUGGAGAUUUUAAUUUUGGAGAUUAUGAUAUAAAAGAACAAAAUAUACUUCAAAGACGUCAAUAUCAAAUACAUGAUCUUUGGAAAGAUAUUUAUGAUCUUGAUGAGGUCGAAAAUUUUUCAUUAACAUUAAUUGUCCAUAAGGUUCAUGAUAUUGAACGUCUUAUAACUUAUGUUCGUUCUCCGCCUAUGUUUCAACAUCUUCUGACUUUUAUUCGUACUUGGGCUCAAAAUGUUGGUUUCUAUGGUCAAGUUUAUGGUUAUUUAGGUGGUUAUUCAUGGGCAAUUUUAUGUGCUUAUAUAUGUCAUAGAUUUUUACCAUUAAAUAAUUCUUAUUUUUCUAUUGAAGAAUUCUUUAUUUUAGUUGAAAAUUUUUUUUUAACUUAUUCUCAAUUUAAUUGGUCAUCGAAAUCAGUUUGUUUAUAUUCAAAAAACUAUUAUUCUGAUCAAUCAUCAAUAGAAAAUUGUGAUUCAAUGCGUAUAUUAUGUCCAAGUCCACCAUAUAAUAAUACAUCACAUUCAACAAUAGAUUCUACACGUUACUUAAUAAUUCAAGGUUUUGCAAAUGUUCAUAAAAUAAUUGAAAAAAAUCUACAAUAUGAAGAUACUCUUAAAGAAAUUCUUCAAUUAUCAAAUCAUUUUCCUGAUAAAACAAUACAAUCAAUUAUUCAAUUAACAUUAUCGGGUAAAACAAUAAGUGAACUUAAUCAAUGGAUUGGUUAUAUGAAAUCUCGUUUAGCACAUUUUUUAAAUGAUUGUCAAAAUGAAUGUAAUUUAUUUGUUCAAACACAAAAUAAUGUUGAAAUAAGAAAACAAAAUCUUGAAAGAUUUUAUUCAAUUGGUUUUCAAUUAAAUGAACAUAUUAUAAGUCGUCAUCGACAAUUUUAUUAUUGUUUAAAUAAAUUUCUUGAACAAUUUAUAAUAUGUUCAUUUCGAAGUGAUACAAUGAAAAUUUCAUAUAAAUUAAUGUCUAUACAUGAUUGGAAUAGAGAACGUAUGAAAACUUAA